AUGGCAACAAUUUCAAUUGUAUGUAACAGUGAGGACACGGUUGAUCCCACAAAAUACCGUGAAAUCAUAGGUAGCCUAAUCUAUGCCAGGCCUGAUAUUAGUUGGGUGGUCAGCAAGUUAUCACAGCAUCUAUCUAAUCCAAAGGUAGGGGAUUUAGUUACAGCCAAGCAUGUAUUGAGAUACUUGAAAGGUACUCUCAAUUAUGAAUUGUGUUUCAGGAAAUCUGAUAAAGGUUUAAAUUUGAUUGCAUUUAGUGAUUCAGACUGGGCAUCCUCUGUAGAGGAUAGACGCAGUACUACCGGGUAUUUUUUUAGCUUAACGGAGCAGGGUCCUGUAAUAUCAUGGAAAUCUCGAAAACAGCCUUCAGUUGCACUGUCAACCUGUGAGGCUGAAUACAUGGGUUUAGCAGCCGCUACUCAAGAGAGCUUAUAUCUUACCCAGUUACUGAAUGGUAUGGAUAAGAAAGGUUAUAAUUGUACAAAGAUAUUUGGAAACAAUCAAUUGGGGCCAUUGCAUUGA